AGUUUGGGUCGAUCUAAUCGCGCGCCAAAAUGCUAGUUAGACAGAGCGUAGUUCCCCUUUCUCUUGGGACUUUCUUCAAACACCUUCCCAUUCUUAGGCCAACGACGUUUUCUCCACGCACACUCAAACGCAGAACCUUAUCCACCUCCACAAUUCUCUCCUCUUCCUACUUCGAAACGCUAACUCCCACCCAGAAGGAUCAAAUCCAUCUCUACGUUGACGUUCUUCUUCAAUGGAACCAGAAAAUGAAUUUGACAGCCAUUAAAGAGGUUAACGAAGUCAUGGAAAGACAUGUGGAAGACUCGCUUGCUGUCGUACCUCCUAUACGAAACUCUUACAUCUCUCAUUGUAGCUCAUCGUGCAAUAAACUUAACCUUGUUGAUGUUGGGAGUGGUGCCGGUCUUCCUGGAGUUGUUUUAGCGAUUGCUUGUCCUGGUUGGGAAGUUACCCUUAUGGAGUCUAUGAAGAAGCGUUGUGUUUUCUUAGAGCAUGUGGUUGGUCAAAUUGGUUUGUCAAAUGUUCAAGUUGUAAGAGGAAGAGCCGAGGAUUUGGGCCAGAAUCUGUUAUUUAGAGAGCAAUUUGAUGUAGCAGUGGCCAGAGCAGUUGCGGAAAUGAGAAUCUUAGCCGAAUACUGCCUUCCUCUUGUUCGUGUCGGUGGCUUGUUUGUAGCUGCCAAGGGCCACAAUCCUGAGGCAGAAGUUAUGAAUGCAGAGAGAGCAAUUGGAACGAUGGGUGCAUCCAUUUUGCAAGUAUGCUCUGUGGAAUCUCAAAGUCCACAUGGACAGAGAACAGCCGUUGUAUGUCUGAAAGCACGUCCCACACCAAGAAAGUACCCUCGUGAUCCAGUGGAACUUACCUUUUCAUCAACUAUAUUGGGUGGUGAGCUUUACAUGCAUUGUUCAUUUAUUCGUCCAUAUUACUACUUGUGGCAAAACAAUGCUUAUUGGGAGACAUUGUUAUCGUGUAAGGUAAAGAAAAAGCUAAAUGAUUGAGAAGAAAAAGCUAUUGCCACUUUGAUUAUCCAUAAUAAGUGAUGCUGCAAAAUAUGAGUGUUAAAUGGACCAAAAUGAGGAAAAUAAGACAUAAAAACAGGAAUGAGUUCUUGCCCUGCUUGAGAAAUAACCUGAAAACUAUUAUUGGUUGUAGUGUUCCUGAUUAUGAACUAGGAAUAGCAACACUGCAUGACGACAAAAUUGUUUCACGAAAAGUUUUGCAUAUGAAUGAGUAAAUGUGUAAUAUAUUUCCAAUCAUUGAACCCUAAAAUUAAGGGCUGGAUGACACAUGUUUGGUGUCAAAGAAGCAUACUUUAACAUAGAAGACUGAAAAUUGAUUAGAUAAAUCAUAGAAGAUUUGCUCGUCAUCUUUUUAAUAUUCCAGGAAAUUAUGAAAGGUUGAGUAAUGUGAUUUCUGGUUUGCACAUGAAUAAUGGUCAUAUACGAAUUAUUUAGUUGUUUAAUGUAUACAUUAGUUUCUGAUUGGUUCUAGUUUGCUAGUUUUGUUUGUCUUUGAUAAUAUCUUUGAUUAUAUAUAGCGAACAAGUACAACUGUAUCUUAAUAUAUA